AUGCAUGCUAUGGUUAACAGCACUGCAAACCCACCACUUGGCAGACAUGACCCCAAAAGAGCCCUCCACUACAACGGCAGCUGGCAGGCUGGUGGUUUCGAAGCCAUCAGCACGGAGACCGAAAAACUAUUCAGGGAACUGAAAGAAGAAUGCACAGGCCACACCACCAAUCCCACGCAGAAGAGCUGCGGGUGGUCCACACCGCCACAGACACCCCGACCCACGCCAGCCAAGAGAAGGAAGGCCUUAAAUCAUGAACUUUCUAAACUUUUCAAUGAGAUGUGGGAUGUGGAUGUUAACCGCCUUAUGCCUGGGAAAGACUACACAAUUGAUUUGCAGGGAAAAGCAGGUGCUGCACAGCAAGGUGACAAUGGUGUCCAGGACAGCGCAGCCAGACAUCUGUUUCACAAUGUAAAUGAAGAACGCCUGAAGAGCAUAAAAACUUUUGCAACCUUUAUUUCCUUAUUGGACAAUUAUGAGACAUCAACUGGUGUAGCAGAAGUAGUGACUCCAGAAGAAAUUGUUGAAAACAAUAGUUUUCUUGAUGCUAUCUUAGCGACAGAAGUCAUGAAACUGGCUCAUGAAUACCUGCUUAAAAAAAACCUAGCAAAGCCAAACCUUGCCAAUUUCAAACAUCAGCUCUAUGACAUCUGGUUCCAGCUCUAUGCCAGGAAUGGAGGAGACAGACCUGAUUCUUGUGGGUUUGAACAUGUUUUUGUUGGAGAAACAAGGCGUGGUAAACAGAUCUUAGGUUUGCACAACUGGGUGCAAUUUUACCUUCAGGAAAAGCGCAACCAAAUUGACUACAAGGGAUAUGUCGCUCGGAAGAACAAAACCAGGCCUGACAAAGAUCACAGAGUGUUGAGCAUCCAGUUCAGCUGGAAGGGCUCAGUCAAGCCAAUUGGUAGCACCUUUAUUGGGGUCAGCCCGGAAUUCGAGUUUGCCCUUUACACUGUCCUUUUCCUGCUGGCUGAAGAAAGUGUCACACGUGAAACAGUGAAGAUAGAGGAAUAUGAGCUACAGAUGGUUGUUUGUCGCCAUGGGCAGCACAUUGGAACAGCGUAUCCAGUACUCCUCAACACCAGUAGUGAAGAUUACUACUUAGAGUGA